AUGAAAAUUUUCAACGGAGGGCUCCUCAAAUUAUUUUUUUUUCAAUUUAGAAAGCCCCUCGAAAUCCUGGAAGAAGGCCGAUUAUCACCAACACCGUCGGAACACAAAGAGGGUUUGAUAGAGGAUUCGAGGACCAUCCCAAUCUGGCUGGCGCUGCUUCUGUGCAUUAGUUGGGUUUGCGGAUGUGCAGCAUUAUUUCUCAUUUGGGAAAAACGAUGGACGUUCUUUACAAGUCUCUACUUCUUCUUCAUCUCGUUGUCCACUAUAGGACUAGGUGAUGUCGUUCCGGACCAUCCGCACAUGUUGAUUUUGAUGUUCUUUCUCGUAAUUAUUGGAUUAUCGAUCGUUUCUAUGUUACUUACUGUGAUACAGAUCAAAUUUGAAGAAUGUUUGUACAACUUGAUGAUGAGGAUGCAGGAAGAAUAUCAGAAAAAUCUGGCUAAUGGCACUCCUUUUGACCACGAACAAAUUCGCAAGAAAGCUAUGGAAGAACAGCCAUUCUUCAUGAACAUCGCUUGUGACCCAAUGUCGGACAAUGGUCGAGUGGCAAAUGGUGAAACACAGUGGUCUAGGCAAUUUUCCACAACCGCGCCUGAUGAGAUCACCUCAUAUGGUGAUGAUCGUGACUCGAUAUCUGACGCUACAAGUCUUCCAUUAGAUUCGAUA